CCCGAGCGUGCUUAGAGUCGAUGUAUUCACGACUUCGGAUUAGUUGUCAUUCACGCGAAAUGAUUAUAGUCGAUAGUGCGCCUUUCCGUUUGUGCACGUGCACCACAAACAGGCCAACUUGAUCUCCUCACAUGCAGCAAGAUCACAAACUUUUCUCUCGAUGUGAAAGAAGCAAACAUUGGGGUUCCGGUGACGAAUAGUCUUUUUUUUUUCUGUCAGGAAAUUGGUUGCGUUAAGACUACUUCGAUGCUUUGGUAUUUCCCAUGAACAUAACCCGUAAUUCAUGUACAUAAAAUAUCGAGCUUUUUACGUUUUGUACGUUAAACAGUUUGCGGGACUGGAAAAGCGCGUUUCAUAUGUUUUCGAUUUUCGUUAAGUCAAGUAACUAGCAAAUAGCAACGGAAAAGGGCAUUUGGUUCUCGAAGUUGAAAUAGUUGUUGGAUAGUGAAUAGUAGACCGUUUGUUUGGUCCAAAAUUCUGAAAGCGAUGCAGAUGCGUAGGUAACGUUACUGGAUUUAAGCGCGGUGAACUUGUCGGAGGUUAUUCGACAUCUUCAUACGAACAUUUAUUACCAUUUUUUUGCAACGCAUUACUGUGCUUGAGCUUCGUGACGUGACCUGUGCAUAUUCACGGUCUUAUAAGUUAUUACGAGAAAGCGAGCGAUUAAUGAACAGAAGAGGACACUUCUUUACUGUUUCGCGGAUAUAAAGAAGACAAUACUCUCGUUCAGUGAACUGGCGCACACCGACGGAGGAAAAAUCUGCAAACCUAGCAGGAAAAGAAGCCAUCAAAAUCACGGAAAUCGCUUUCGUCCGUUUCCCCGCUGUACAGUUUCUAAUGGAUUUUAUAAAAGCAACGCGAUUGCUGCUGCACCUUUUGUUUUAGCGUCAGGCUAAAGCUACUUUUUUUCACUGCUGAUUCUUAAUAUUAACUAAGCAACACUGUAUACGAAAGUAAGGUUUAUUUUUUUGCAUUCCAUGUUGCAGUUGGACUGUCUGCUCAAAGCAACAAUGAAAAGGCGACGGCGGCUUCCCGUUUUCGAGAAAGUAUUGGACAAAGUGCAUUUGGUUGGAAAUACUUUUUUUGUCGCAUCAUGAAAUGUCACCCCGUAUGUAUUUCAAAAAACUUUAAUUUCCCACGGGUCAAAAACUUGUUUACGCUAGCGACACGGCGACACUUUGCUUACUUUUUCUGCGUGUUGGAAUAAAUAUUUUUGGUGGCGGGUAAGCCCAUGGGCGACAUUGGACACCUAGAGGGUCCCGUGCACCUGGGAAUGUUAUAGCAAUGGCACGCGCUGCAUCGGUUUGUCCACUUUGCUCCGGGAACGGGUAGGCUGGAUUUCUGUGGACACUGGACAGCAUUAUUGAGUCAACGCAUUGAAUUAGCGCUGGUAUUUCUCCCUUAUUCGAAGUUGGAGACAAAGGGCCGGAGAUUGAGCGAGAAAUACUCUUGCCUGCGCGCGCGAGGUCACCAAUACGACACGGCCACUUCAGGAUAUUAAUGGGUGGUGCCAGAAGGCCAAGUGUGUGAAGAUUCCAAAUCUGAACACAGAAAAGGACACACACAUCUUGCAGCAAUGAAUGAGAGGCAGGCUCUCCAUUCCAUAAUGAAGGAUCUGGUGGCUCUGCAGAUGACCAGGCGCCAGCCCAUGACACCUUAUGACGCUGCCAAAGCCAAGCCUGUUAUUGCCACCAGUACAGCCAACAGACAGGAUGAUGUCAGAAUCAAAUUUGAGUUCUGCGGUGAGAGGAGGAUACUGAUGUUUGGUCGACCAGUGCAGUUUGAGGAAGUCCAACAAAAGGUCAAGACUGUCUUUGGCCAACAGCUAGACCUGCACUAUAUGAAUAAUGAGAUGUCCAUCCCCCUGCAUAGUCAGGACGACUUGGACAAGGCUGUUGAUCUCCUGGAUCGCAGCUCCAAUAUGAAGAGCAUCAAGAUCCUGCUGCUUACACAGGAGCACAGUAAUGUCUCCUCCUCACCCCAUCAUUCUGGCUGUAAGCAGGUCCGAAUCAAAGCCUCCCAGUCUACUGGGGACGUGAGCACAACCUACCAGUCCUCCGAGCCCAGGGGCCGCCACCCAUCCACCACUGCUGUCCUCUCAGGCUCUCAAAACACCGGGCGGAGUUCUCCACCUCCUGGCUAUGUUCCAGAGCGACAGCAGCGAAUUGCACGCCAGGGCUCCUACACCAGUAUUAACAGUGAGGGGGAGUUCAUACCAGAAACCAAUGACCAGUGUGUCCUGGAUCCGUGGAGCAGUGCUGAAACCUCCAUGGCUGGGAGCUGCCAAUCUCUCGACAGCAACUCUGACAGCCCCUCCCUCAGGAAGGCCCGCAUGCACCGUGCCAGGAGUUACCCUGACAACAGGCAGGACUUCACAGACCGCGAGAACCACGUGUAUGAUAAGGUGGUGGGGAAAGGGGGCACAUACCCACGCAGAUACCACGUGUCUCUGCAUCACAAAGACCACAGUGAGGGUCGGCGUACAUUUCCACGGAUACGGCGUCCCCAGGGAAACCUGUUUACGCUGGUGCCGUCUCGGCGAUCUCUCAAUGGCAGUGAGGAGAGCCUUGGCAGCUGGCAGCUGGUUGACACCCAGUCCAGGCUCCGCUCCCAGGAUCGCCCAGUGUCACACAAGUCCCCCACAGCUCCAGUGACAUGGCGCAGGGGGAAACUGUUGGGUCAGGGGGCGUUCGGCAGGGUCUACCUCUGCUACGAUGUGGACACGGGCCGUGAGCUUGCCGCCAAACAGGUCCAGUUCGACCCAGCAAGCCCUGAGACCAGCAAGGAGGUCAGUACUCUGGAGUGUGAGAUCCAGCUCCUGAAGAACCUGCACCAUGAGCGUAUAGUGCAGUACUACGGCUGCUUGCGAGACCACAGCGAGAAGACCCUCACUAUCUUCAUGGAGUACAUGCCCGGGGGCUCGGUCAAAGACCAGCUGAAGGCCUACGGUGCCCUAACAGAGAACGUGACCCGGAAGUAUACCAGGCAGAUCCUGGAGGGCAUGUCCUACCUACACAGCAACAUGAUCGUACAUAGGGACAUCAAAGGUGCCAACAUCCUGCGGGACUCUGUGGGGAACGUGAAGCUGGGAGACUUUGGUGCCAGCAAGCGCCUGCAGACCAUCUGUAUGUCCGGCACGGGUGUGCGCUCUGUAACCGGCACGCCCUACUGGAUGAGCCCCGAAGUCAUCAGUGGUGAUGGCUAUGGGCGCAAAGCCGAUGUCUGGAGUCUCGGUUGUACUGUGGUGGAGAUGCUAACGGAGAAGCCCCCCUGGGCAGAAUAUGAGGCCAUGGCAGCCAUCUUUAAAAUAGCCACGCAGCCCACGAACCCCGUGCUGCCCUCAUUUAUCUCUGAGCAGACACGAGACUUCAUCCGACACAUCUUCGUGGAGGCCAAGCACAGGCCCAGCGCAGAGGAGCUGCUCAGGCACCCCUUCUCCCAGAUCCUCUGCUGAAGCUCCCUGCACUUGCUCCACCUGUAGACCAGAGCUUCAUACAGCCACAUCAAAUAACUGUUGUAUGGCCUGCUGCCCAGUCCAAAGACAAAGUGCAAUGAUUACAAACCAGGAUGAAAAGAAUAGCAGACAUUACUCCGUCUUUGGUUGGACACGUGACAUGCUGUUAUCCAAUCACAAGGAUUCAGAUUUAAUUUUGAAUGUGACCACAGAGGGUAGUCUUGCAGCAUUCACUAUAACACCAGGGGGCACUGCAGGACACCACUGCCAUAGUAGACACUUCUUCCUAAGAAAGGCCUCAGUAAGCACCAGCCUAAUUCUAGGUCAGUCGACCUGCUUUGUACUGGACUCUGCUUUACAACGCACCACCUGUGCUUUCAGAAACCGAGCUGCUAGACCUUUACCUCUCAAACACACAGGUAGAGUAGUUUGAUCCAUGAAGCGGCACCCAGACCACAUGUCAUUUUCCAUGGAUGUUCAGGCUAAACUUGAACAUUGAACUUGAUCUUUAAACUUUAACCUGUCCUAGUUGGAAGAGUCAUUUCUGUUCCAGUUUGCCUUUUACCUUUUUUAUGUGACCUUUGAGUUGCUUCCUGAGUCUGCAUGCCUUGUUGUCUGUGAUGUCUUCUAAUGGCCCCCUGAUGCCAUUAGGCACCUAACCACGGGGUAGUUCAAGGGUGGGAAGAUUGCUUCAUGAGCCCAUGCUCAUGCCCACAUUUUUGAGGGGUUUGUUUUUUUUUUGGUUGUUGUUUUUUUAGGUCCGUCUUUGAUGUUUUAGUUUUCUUGUUGGGAUUAGUUGUCUCUGCAAGAUUACUGUCUUGUCAGGAUGCAUACAAUGACAUGUGCGAACAGGCAGCCUCUGAGGUCAGUGGAGGCAGUGAUGUCUCCCUCCCCAGCUCGGUGAUGGUGGAGCCAGAGUCGUUCAACAUCCGCCCAGCUCCCACCCAGCACCCGUACUGCACUGCUCUCACUACAGAUGCCUUCCACGUCACAUGUAAAGGCAGUUUUCCUUUGAUGAAAUGCAAUUUAUGACAGGAUGUGUUUAAGUUGGAUAGUAAAUCGCCUGCGAUUUUCCUCUGAGCGUGCAUUCUCGGAAAUGUUCUCAGACUCAUUUAAAGAGGUGCAUUUUAUGUUAGCCAUGACUGCUUUUCAGAGCUGCAUUGCAAUUUGCCCUCUGUCCCUGUAGAGGGUGCCAUUCUGGUGCUUUCAAAGCUGCCAUUCCAGAAAAGACAAAAAACAUGAAAGGAGUAUAAAGAUUAUCUGUCCUGCCAGAUUACAAACUGGGAAGUGCGAAGAUGAUCUGUCCUGUCAGAUUAUAAACUGGUUUAUAAAAGCACAGUAGGCUUUUAUAAAAAGUUUUCUUCCUGAAAGACAGUUAAAACAUCUUGGAAAUUACAGUUGUAUAAAAGGGUUUGUGCCUUAUGCUUGGGGCAUUGAGGGUUUGACCUCAUUUGGAUCAGAUGCACUUUUGUAGAAUGAAUGUUAUAUUUACCAAAUCUUUUCAUAUUUUACCCAAUUUUUCAUAAUGUGAAAUCUCUUUCAUUUUAUUUAUAUUCCAUUGCUCACCUGCUCUUUUAUAUUCACAAAUAUUCAUGUAUAAAUGUAUAUUUUUAUAUAUGGACUCUAGACCAUUUGAAAUAGAUUGAUGUCUUUUGGAAGAAGAAAUAAGAUACCAAAUAAGAAUUGAAAUCGUAAAAGCAGCUGGUUUUGCGGAGAUUUACAGCAAUUUAAAUGCAUUUCUCAAUGAAACACGCACUCUGGCAGUUAAUCUGUCUGAUCCCAGAAACAUGUUUGUGUGUGUAUAUGCACGUGCGGCCCUUGAGAAGUAAGAUGCUACAUGUGAAUAUUUGUAGGUGUGAGUGAAAUUUCACAUUCCCUGCUCUGGUUCAACCACAUAAAGCUGGCAAAAAAUUGUACAGAAGGUGAUCACACACGCUGUAUGAGAAUGUCAAGAAACAGAAGGGGAGUGAGAGAGGAGUGACAGAUUUUAAAGGAUUUUGAAAGUAUGUUCCUCUUCGUGUUGGCAUAAUGUUUGUUUUGGAAGCCCGAGUGACCCAAGGGCCUGUUGCCUAGGUAUCAGGCAGGUAUAUACACCAGAGAGCGGAGUUCCCCUCAGAUUGACGACUUUGUUUAGCUCAGGGUUUGAGUGACAGAUGGCCAGCAGCCGGGCACACAACUGCUCUGACCCAUCAGUGUCCUUUGUCAUUUUUUAUUUCCUACCCCUCCUUAUUUUUACAAAAAGUGUUUUGACCUCCUCCAAACAAAUAUUAAUGGAUUAAGCGAGAUACAUAAUGGCUGCUACCCUGUUUGGGCAGUUAGGUAUUAGUACUCUUUAAAAAUCCAGUGUUAGAGAAAUGUCAGAGUGAGGGGUUUUUUUAGUCAUUGCUAUUGUGAAUUUUAAAAGCCCUGGGGUAAGCAAAAGACUAUGAACCAAUAGGUAAAAUAUAUAUGAAUAUCUAUCUUGACGUGCGACUUGCAGUGCAAAGUCCAAUGUAUCAGUCAUUUACAAUAAAACAAACUGUAUGCUCAAUAACAUA